AUGUUGACCGUCGCUGGGGUGUUGCAAUCAUGGCGCCAGCGCAAGAGGUUCACAGGCGGGUCAGAACUGGCUGGUGACGAACGGAAACCUCAAUGUCGGCACUGCGAAAUCAGUCGCCGCGCUUGCGAAUAUGAGGCGCUUGACAAUUCCGCCCUGCGCGAGGACAGUAAUGGGCUAUUCCAGUUCUCAGCAGAUCACGUCUGGCUAGAGACACCGUCGGAGAUUACAUUUAUCCAUUCCGUUGAUGUUGACGAUGACGAUGAUGAAGAACCACCAUCCAAUGCUUCGACACGUGGACACGCGACCAACGAAUCGUCUAACAACAAAACCCUCGAUCAACCAGCAAAUGAACUAUCGCCCACUAUUCCCGUACCAGACUCGGGAAGAGACGAUGUGGUUCCGAUCUUAACUCCUGGACCGUCUCGCGAGGCUGCUAACUUUGCGUCGCCUCAUUCAUUUACGAGCGGUACCAGCAUGGAAACCAUUGACCCGGUGAAAUCAAUAAUCCUUAGACGGACCUCUGGAUCUGCUAUAUAUACGCAAGGUCCAGCUGAGCCACUUGGAGAUCCGCUGAUAGCCCGCCUCCUCCAUCACUACAUCAAUAACUUGGCCUGUUGGCGCCAAUUCGAGACAUUUGUACCUUACCUUGCGAUGAGUUGUCCCAUCUUACUACACGCCGUCCUCGCAUUUUCAGCAUGCCAUCUCAAUCGACUAGAUGGAUCUUGCGAUGAGUUUUAUGCUGCUCACUACCAUGAUCUAUGUGUCCAAGGCCUUAUACCAGCGUUAGCCGACCCAUCUACGACUCUCGAUAACGUACUCCCGAUAUCCACCGUCAUUCUUAGGAUGUAUGAGAUGAUGAGCUAUGAGACAGAUCAUCAGAGACAUCUUCGGGGGUGCUCGUCUCUAUUUACACAUAAUCGAAAGAAUAUUGGCUAUCGGGCACUCAAAAGGACAGCAUUCUGGACUUAUUUCCGUGAAGAGAUUAUGGUUGCUCUUGCAACAGGGAAGCCAACCACCAUCGGUCCCCGUAAUUGGAAAGUUGACAUUACGUGGGGCGGCGAUACGGAUCACGUAAAAACGGAAAAGAUGACCAUGUUGACGGCUGAAGUAAUCGAUUACUGCUUUUCUCGAUAUCCCGGAAGCAAUGGUGGCGAUGAAAGCAGUUGGGAUGAGCUGCAGAAUGAAGCAAACGCUUGGAAAGACUUACUGCCGGAGUCGUUUGAUCCUGUAUAUGUUAUAGAAGAUGGCGAAGGGUUUCCAGAAAUAUUGUACCUUUGCACUUGGCAUAUUGCGGCGAUGCAGUUCUAUCACCUGGUAAAGGUGCUUCUUGCGCUACAUAAUCCACACCGUCCAAGCGGCAUUGGGUUUCUCCAGUUUGCAAGAGCUGUCGAAGGUGAAAUACUGAAGCAUACAAUCCAAUUAUGCGGCAUGACAAAAGCACUUGGUGAUAAAUAUCCCGGUGCUCUAGUAAACGCCGUCCAGCCUCUGGUUGUUUGCGGCCAGAGUUUAAAGAAGCCGGAGCACCAAGCUGAAUUGGUCCGUAUGCUACAGAGAAUUGAACGAGUUACGACGUUGGCGACUACCGAAGGAAUACAGUCAUUGCAGGAAGCUUGGAGUUCUCAUAGGGAUUUGUAA